AUGCCAGAUUAUUCAACUCAAGCAACCGAACAAAUCAGAUUCCCAGAAACUGAGUACAAGAAACACCCAACUCUCAAAAUGAGAGCUCUCCAAUGGAUGGGCAAGAAAACAGUUAAAGUCAAUGAAGUAAGCCGUCCACAAAUCACUGAACCAACAGAUGUCAUUGUAAAGGUAACAACCUCAACCAUUUGUGGAAGUGAUUUGCACUUGUACUUUGGAGAAUUCUCUGGAAUGCAUCAGGGAGAUAUUUUGGGGCAUGAGGCAGUUGGAAUUGUUGAUGAAGUUGGUGCCAAUAUUAAGAAUGUUAAGAAGGGUGAUAGAGUUGUUGUUUCUGCUGUCAUUUCAUGUGGUCAAUGUGAAUAUUGUGAGAGAAAGGAGUUUAGUUUGUGUGAUAUGACUAAUCCUAGUAAGGAAAUGGAGAAGAUGUAUGGUCAUAGAACUGCUGCCUUAUUUGGUUAUUCUCAUUUAACAGGAGGUUAUGCAGGUGGUCAAUCAGAAUAUGUCAGAGUUCCAUUAGGUGAUCAAAAUCUUCUCGUUGUAGAGAAUGCAAAUCUAAAGGAUGAUUUGCUCAUUCUCUUGGCUGAUGUUGCCUGUACUGGUUUCCAUGCCACUGAAUGUGCUGAUGUUCAUUUCAAUGAUAAGGUUGUUAUCUUUGGAGCUGGUCCCGUUGGCUUAAUGGCAGCUAUGUGGUCUUUCUACAGAGGUGCCCAACACGUUGUCCUCAUUGAUGGAGAAGAGUACAGAUUAGAAAAAGCUCGUCAAGUCUUUGGAAACCUCAACGAAUUGGGAGGAAUGAAAAAGGCAGAUGUUGAGCUAUGGAAAGGCAAAUCAAAGAACAUUCUCGAAUCUGAUUUGCAAUCAUUAUCAUUGAGUUCACCAUUCACCUCAGGUAGUGAAAGCACUGAAAAGAAAAUAGAAAGCAAACAAGAAAAUAUUCCAUCUGAAUGUUUCAGUGGAAGUAAAGCUUUCGAACAAGAAAUUCCAAAACAUGUCCAAUUCCAUACCAUUAAUUUCCACGAUUGGGCAUCAGUUGAUGGUGGAGUUGUCAAGGCAGUUCAAUCCCUAAUUCCAGGAGGACCUGAUGUUUGCUUGGAUGCUGUUGGUUUCAGAUUCGAAAGAGGAUUCCUUCACACCAUUGAAAGAUCUCUUGGAUUGGAGACAGACACUCCUCAAAUUCUGAAUGAUUGCAUCAUUUGUUGUAAGAAGGGUGGCAGAUUGGGAAUUGUUGGAGAUUACUUGAAUAGAUGUAAUGAUUUUGCAGUUGGUCCACUCAUGGAGAAGGGUUUGAAUUGGAAGGGAGGUCAAGUCUUUGUUCAAAGAUAUUGGAAGGAUUUGUUGAGAGUUUUUGAAACCAAUCAGCUCAAUAUUGAUCCAACCUUUAUCAUUACUCAUCAAGUUCCACUCAGUCAAGCAGAUAAGGCCUAUGACAUGUUUGCCAAUUAUAAGGAUGGUUCAAUCAAAGUAUUAUUGAAACCUGGAAUGGAUACCAUCAACUUGUAA